AGUGGCUGGGUUUUAAUGUUAUAUAGGCGAGCUCUACCACCACUGGUCAUAGAAAAUUAGAUCACGUGCUACUUUUAAAGAAACAAAAAAAAAGAUAGACCUACAAAAAAAAAGCACAAAACAACAUAGGUGGGAAAAUGGAGGAAAGUGGGUGUAAGAAAGAAAGAGAGAGAAGCAAAAAAUAUGGAGAAAGAGAGAUACUGAGAGAGAGAGAGAGAGUGAAAGAGAAAGUGAUAAAGAACAAGUAAAAGAAGAAAGCUUGCCGGCCAAUAGAAGUGUCGUCGAGGAUAGGGGGGAGUAGAAUACCCAGAAUGCCUAGCGAAGGUCUGCCUAUGUUGACUAUGUCGUUACCCCCAAAGUGCUUUGUUUUUGACGGCCCAGUUCUUCAUCCCCUUUGCUCUUUGUACCAAGUUGGACUUGGCAAGCUUGAAAUGAUUGUUAGUCAUACUGAAGAGAACGUCAAACGGAUUUUAAACAUUAGGCCAGUCAAUUCCGGGUGCGUAGCGGGUUUUCGCCACCUAACAUCCCAUCUCCGAGAACCGCUGAUGCCACCCGAGAAAGCACCUCACGAACAUACUGCAUCCAUGUCUGUGCCCAAGUCACAAUGCACCGCUGAAAUAGCCCGGCCAGGCCCGAGCACUGAGGAAAUACCUGCAGAAGGUGGGCGACGGAAACAUGGGGGAUGUAAAUGGUUUAAUGUGGCCCAAGGAUGGGGUUUUAUCACUCCAGAUGACAAAUCGCAAGAUGUCUUUGUACAUCAGAUUUGGCUGGAGAAAAAAACAAAAACAAAACAAAAAUAA